AUGGAUCUGAGUUCCCAACUAAAUUAGAUGAAAUUUAUAAAAGGUCUUGAUUUUCGCAAGAAUCUUAUAGACAAUGGACACUUGGGUCAGGGCAACAACAUGGUAUACAAUGUCUUACUCAAUGGGAAAAUGUACGCAUUAAAAUAAGUAAUAAUGAAUUCAUGCAACAUUGAAAAUGAAAUCAAAAUUAUGCAAUCAUUAUCUCACUCCCCAUACGUGAUCAAUCUGAUUGAUUAUAUGAUAUUAGAAACAGUCCAUUAAGAUAAAUACACUUAAAGUCAGUAAUUUGCAUAUUUGCUUAUGGAAAAGGGUUAGCAGAAUCUAGAGCAAUAUCUUAAACAGAGAGAGCAGCAAUAUCUAGAGGUCGAGGAGUUGCACAGGAUAUUGGAAUAACUAAUAAAUAUAUUUGAGGAUCUCCAACAAAAAAACAUUGCUCAUCGAGAUAUAAAAUUAGUCAACAUUCUAAUUAUGGAACAAUUUUAACUCAAAGCAUGCGAUGUUGGCUGCAGCUCCCAAGUGGAAACCAUUUAAACUAUCAGCGUUGUCGGAACAGAAUCCUACUUAGCUCCAGAGUUGUUGAAUGCAGAAACUCAUAAACUUAAACACAACCCCUUUAAAAGUGAUGUCUACUCUUUGGGAUUGUGUUUUCUCUACAUAGUCACUCUUUAAUUAAUACACUCAAGAUAAAAAGGAUAUACUCAAGUUGAAGAGGAAAUAACUGCAGCUUAUUUAAAGAUUGUUAAAAGAAUUACUGCUGAAGAUAAUCUAAUUCUGUCAAUCCUCAAAAAAAUGUUGUAAAUCAAUCCUAUCAAUCGACCUGAUUUUAUAUAAUUGAAAUAGAUUUAUCUACAACUAAAAGAAUCUCAAAAUCAACUAACUAACCUAUCCAAAGGAACUACCUUUGAAUCUUUUGAAUCCCCAAAACGAUCCCCUUUGUAAUUCGAUUAUCUUUCCCCUGAUGCUGUAUUAAAGAGAGGGAGAAAUACAGGAUCUAAUUUUUAUAAGGAGGAAAGAUAACAUUCAGUCAAAAACCUACCUUCUAAUUUGAGUAACUCAAAAAAAUAAAAAUCUUAAGCCAAUCUAUUAUCAGAAUCAACGAGGAAAAUAUAAUCCUCAAAAUCACCCUCUAAUUCUUCAACUCAAAAUUUGCAUUUAAAGGAUUCAACACUCUCGAAAACCUCUUCCUCAAAUCCCAUUAAAAUUACUCAAUAGAACAAACCAAAAUUCUACUAAGCUCCUGUUUCCCCAAAUCAUAGUCAAACCAAUUUCUAACAGAGGCAAUUCUCUAAAUUCCAUCAAUCUGUAAUUGAAAGUAAAAAAGCUUACACUGAGAGCUACUCUCAACCUUUCCCAGCAAUUCAAACAAUUUUACCUACUGAACAGUAGUAGCCAUAUGAUGAUUUUCUCUAUUGCAGCUAUGAAGAUCUAAUUAAUUCAUACUAAUUUUAGAAUUAUGUUUGCCUCAUACAAACAAGGCAAAAAUCGAAUUCAAAACGAAGCAAAUGCUAAUUGCCUAACAGUUGUAAAUUAUUAAAUUUAUAACUCAAUAACUAAACUCCAGAACUUCAUUUAUCUCCAAUUAAUGACAUACAAAUAUUGAUCCUUGAAUUAAUUGAUGAUUGUAAUGAUCAUAAUCAAAAUUAUAGGUGGUCCGAAAAUCUCAUUUGCAUGAACUUUUAAGCAAUUACAUAACUGAAGAUUAUUGUUAACACUCAAUAAUCUUAAGCAAAUAAUAUUAUAUAAUUUCUUAACAAAAUUUAGCACAUCCCUAAAAUUUAAUUAAUAUUUCAAUCUCAAAUAUCAGAAUCGGAUCAUAGAACUAUUAUGUGGAAAUUAAGCAGAUAUAAUUGCACUUCCCUUGAAUUUAGAUUACCUCAUAUUAAAUUAAUUUUAACUCAAAACUCUUAAUUAUGGUAAUUCAAUUAAUCUUUGGAAGAAUUGUACUUGGAUUAUGAAGAUUGUGGGAUCCAUUAGAUAUUUUCAUUUCUAGUUGCAUCUUUAAGAACAGUUGAAUUUAAGAAGUUCUACAUCAAUUUAUCAAAUUUGCAAUCAAAAGAUUCAGAAAUUAGUUUGUUUCUUGAAUAUUUAGGAACCAAAUAAUUACUCAGAGACUUAACAUUAAUUAUGGAUCACAUUGCAAAUUACGAUAGAAUGGUAUAAGAAAAAUUGAAGAAUAAUAUAUCUAAAUUAAAAAAUCUAGAGAGAGUGCAACUAUCACUGGUGGGUAAUAAUACUAAUGUUGAGUUCUUGGAAAAAUUAUUACAUAUUUUAGAAUCACUCAAUUUAGUUAAAGUAAUAAUUAUACGUUUAGACAGGAUAUUCUAAAAAGCAUAGAUAAGAGAAUUAAUUAAGAUAUUUCCAUUUUUGAAUUCAUUUGUUUUAUAAUUUUAUGGUACAGAUAACACAUUAACAAUCAUCAUGCAUAAUAAUGGAUUACAAAAAUAAUAAGAUUAUGGAACCACGAAAUGUAACUAAGGGAAAUAAGUCAUUUUGAGUUAAAUGUAUGAGUGUAUAAAAUGUUCUAAAGUUCACUCUUUCUUCUUAAAACAUAAAUUUCAAAUAUGCAGCACAUGUGUAACAUAUUGUCAUUCUAAAUGUGAUAAUUUUAAUUUGAAUAAAGAAACAAUAACAGUUAGUUCAGAUUCAUUGACAUAAAGUUAAUUUCUUAGUAAUAACAUUAAGAAGAAUCACACUUUUAUUGAAUCAAACGAUACAUAAGAUUUCAAAUGUUAUUGUAACUUAUUGGGUAAUUGUACAUAAGCAAUUUGCAAUAAGGAUAGAAACAGAAAUGAAAUUUAGUUUAAGUAUAAAACUUAUAUUUAUUAGAUGCAAAACAUGCAAUAAGAUACUCUGUCGAUAGUGCUCCUCUGA